UUAAAAAUAACGCGGGGCAGUUUGAGCAAUGAAUCCGUUGAGUCAGAAAACAUUAGACGGACAACAGAGGCUAAAUAACGUUUAACUAGAUAAAACUUUUUAUAAAUGACACUGGCCUUGGUUCAGCUCCGUUCGUUAGUCUCAGUCUUCUUCGGCAAAAUCGCCUGAUUCAUAAAAAGCCGCAGUUUAACACGUUUAACGAUACUGUGUUACCGUUUGUAAACGUUUGUCAGCUAACAUCAGCUAGCCAGCUGACUAACAGCUACUCUGUCUCCAAAUGGAUCACAUGGAGGAUUUAUCUGCUCGGGUCCUGCUGAAAAAUAUCCUCAGCACCGAGCCUCCCAGGACUCCCAUCACCCGCAGUGCCUCCACAUUACAGAGUACCAGCGGGACCCGGCGCAGCAAUAGACUGAGCAAGAAAGAUGCCGGAGCCCAAACCCCACAGGACAUCCUGAGGCGCAGCUUGAAGCAUAAAAUUCGUGAGAGUAUAACCAGGAAAUCCCUGCCCGCUACUAAAAGGAGGACGGCUUCGGUCGUGCUCAGGAAGAUGAACACUCCCGCCCCAGCCUCAAUGCUGUUUGAUGAUGGAGACACACCAAGGCACAUCCUCAGGAACAUCCUGCGGACAGAGCCUGUGAAGUCCCCAGUGGUUCAUGGGAAAGCCAUGUCAGAAGAGCUGCAGCUGCCUUCAGCCAACUCCAGCAUUACCAACAAACGUCCUAGUAUUGAGCUCUCAGGACUGGAUCUGCCUGAUUUAACUAUUGGCAACAUAGCAAGCACUGGAAAAGGACUGAGCAGAAAGAGACCACGUCGGAGCCUUAAUGUAACAGCUUUUGAAAAACGACUUAGAGACGGAAAUGAUGGUGAAGAGGAAAAUGAAGAAUCAAUAGGCGACCAUUCAUCACUUUCUUUGUCAAGUUCCACCUCUUUGAGUCUAAAAACACCCUUUGUGGAUGUUCGGACUGAGAAAAGAGGCCUGCAGAGAAGAGUUUCCAACCGUCGAAAAAUCACAGUGGAAGAAUUUGGCGCCGCUGUCAAUAAACGGCAUGGGAUGGGAGGUGACGAUGGAGUGGGCAACUCUGCGCCAGUGGAGCAGGGUCUCAAUAAGACCACCUACUCUGAGGGCUUCACCCUGGGCCUAAGCCAGCUCAGUGAACCUGACAUCACAACUGACAUUGUCAACUGUGACACGGCCCUCUACACCCAGCCUGAUGCCUUUUCCAUUGUUGCAACGCAGGACAAACCCACAGUGAUGGCUUCUCAGCUUCAGAGACAGAUGAGAGACGUGGAGCAGAGCAAGCUGGGGAAAGAGAAGUCAUUUUAUGUAUUUCCAACCGAGGAGGGAGUUGUGGCAGAACCUCAGAAUGAAGAAUGUGUAUCUGAGUCUCAGUCAAAGAGAGAUGUGGACACAGCUGACUGUCAAAAGGAGGAAGGGAAGAGAACAACCAAUAGUCAACCUGAAGACACUGCAGCCAUGUUGAAAUCUAAGGAAGAGGAAGGUGUAGCAGAAUCUCAGCCUUGUGUCAGCCAUGAUACAGCUGAGUCUGAGGAAGACGAGAAGAGAGUGGAGGCUCAAACAGAAGAGGAAGGCGCAGCUGAUCCUCAAACUGAAGGGGACGCUGCAAGUAGGUCUGAGUCUGAGGAAGAACAGGUUGGACCUGACUGCCAAACUGAAGGAGAAGAAGAAGGUGGGGUUGAUUCCCAGCCACAAGAGGAUGAUGUAGUCAGGUUUCAGUCUGAGGAAGAGCAGGAAGGUGCGGCCGAAUCUCAAACUGAAGAAGAACAAAGUGCUGUUGAUUCUCAGUCUGAGGAUGAUGUUGAAGCCAGGUCAGAGGAAGAGAGGGAUGCAGAGGAAUAUCAAAGUGAUCAAGAAGAUCCUGCAGCCAAUUCUCAAUGUGAGGAAGACGGGGAUGUGCCUGAGUCUCUGACAGAAGAUAAGCUUGAUGGGAAGCAGGAGAAGGAAGAGGGCGAGCACGCUUUAGAACAGCUGGAACAUGACUUGGAACUCAUCAGUCGAAGGGCUCAUCGCUCUGAGGGGGGACUCAUUAUGCCUGUUACAGAAGCAGGGGGGUAUUGGGCAGAUGCCACAGACACAGCACACACUGCUACUGAUCUAAACGGCAGCUUGGAAAAAGGGAGCCAUGAGAGCAGCCAGCCUCAUAUCGGGAUGCCUGACUUGGCUGAGUCUUCAACCAAAGGACAGAAAGAUGCUUCUUGUACAGAAGCUGAGCCUGAUGCUGAUAAAGAGAACUCCUUUCAUCUUCUGGAGGUGACACAUGAUAUUGAACACAGUGGCCACCUGAGUCAUGCUUCACCUGAAGAAGCUGCUGCUCAGGACCCUGCUGAACAGGAAGAAGAGUGGGAGGAUGAAGAUGGUGAAGAGAGUGAGGAGUUCCCCUGCAAGACUCCAGCAUUUGUCAGAGAGAAACGGAAUUUUUCUCACCCUGAUCCUCUGGCCUCACCUUCUGUUCUUAAGAAUAUGCAAGCCCGUAGUACAAGUGAAGCUUUACCUGCAGCUAAACCUAAGCAGGUGCGACAGAGAAAGCGAGGGCCAGCUAAGAAAGAAGGCGGCCUUCCUAAGAAUUACCUCAUGGGCGUGUUCAAGCACUUUGCCAAAACGAAGGUCUCUGCCGACGUUUACCCUGUCCUAAAAGAAAUAAUGGAUAAAUUCUUUGACCGGCUGGCAGACGACUUGGAGACGUAUGCAGGUCAUGCAAAGAGAAAAACCAUAGAGGUUGAGGAUGCUGAACUCCUGUUGAAAAGGCAGGGUUAUGUGAAUGACAAAGUGCCGGUGGAAGUGCUUAUCGAAAAAUAUCUGCGCAUGGAGCAACGUAAACUCCUGAUCCCCAUUGCAACCAGUGGAAAUGUUGUUUUCCCUAAAAAGCGGAGGUGAAUGUUUUAUGUACAGCUACCUUUUUUUUUUUUCUUCCUUUCUCCUGGUUUCAUCUCUUGGACGGCUACACAUUUUUCUUACACUGCAUUGAAUUUGUCUGCUUGUAAUGCUGUUAAUCAGAAUAUAAGAUCUGUGUAGAUUGUAAAUAUUUAACAUUCUUUACCAUGUCUGUGUGUCUUUCUUACCGACAUUCUUAUUUCUUAUUCUGUAUUACUAUAAUAUGUGAUGGUCGAAUUUCUGUAUGUAGUGCAAACAUUGCUUUGUUGACAACAGUGCUUUGUAAUUCUUGAUUAAGAUUAGUACAAGUAUGUGUCAACUUUCUUCAUCUAUUUAUGCAUAAACUUUCUUUUCUGACAGUAUGAAACAAAAGUGGGUGCAAAGACUUCUAAAAUUAACAAGUGUUGAAAUAAAGUUACCUGUUUCAUA